AUGAACGCACCUUUACCUCCGGACCCAUACCGAGCACUUGGCGUCGAGCCGUCCGCAGAUGCCGGUGCCAUCAAGACCGCAUAUCGGAAGCUGGUAUUGAAAUGUCACCCCGACAAGUUCCCGGACCCGACGCUCAAGGCCCAGAAGCAAGAGGAGUUCCAGAAGGUGCAGCAGGCUUACGAGAUCCUUGGUGACGACGACAGGAGGAAGGACUAUGAUCUCGAGGUCAAACACAAGAAGCUGAAGGAGGAGCUCGCCAAAAGGGGUGGAGGUGUCAGCACGAGCACACCGGCUCAAAGCCGCUACGUGAACAUUCGGACCGCAGAACCGCCACCGGGAUGGUCCCCUUCAAAACACACGACAUCAAAAUCGAGUCCUUACAAGCCUUACUCGAAGGAGUUUUCUCAGUCCUGGGAGCACGAGAUUCCGUCACGGUCAAGAGCCUAUCACGACGAUGAACGCCGUGCCCGUCGGGCCGCCAGCUAUGAGAAGCCCAAACGCGAGGAUUCCCGGGAGCGCAGGAAGCGUGACGAGGAAGACCGCGAACGGGCGGCUAGGCGGAGAGAGAGGAAGGAGCGGGAGGAGGAAGCCGUGCGGAAAGAGGUCAGGCGACAACAGAAGCUGAACGAGGAGGCGAGAGAGCGAGAACUCAUGCGCAAGGAACGCAAGGAACGCGAAGCGCGAGCCGAAGCGGCAAAGUUGAAGGAGGCAAAAGAGGCCAAGAAGCUGCGAGAGAGGGAGCGUGAGACCCGACGGAAGCAGGAAGCCGAAGACAAGGCGAGAGUCAAGUCAAAACCGUACCUUGAACACCCGCCCUACAGCGAAGAAGAAGACGAUGUGCAGAGGAGCCGAGCCAAGAAGUCGUCUUCUUCGCCCAAGAAACAAUCAGACAGCCCGAGCCGGGACAAGUCGACCAAGCAACGAGAACGAUCAAGUCCUGUCGAAGCCGCCGUGGGCGGCGGGGAGAAGUACCAGGGGCAUUUGGCGUUUGCAGCUUCGUACAUGGAGAAGAUCAGGAGCAAGACGAACAAGACCUCACCAAAGCACACGCCGGAGGUGCCUACGUACUCUGCCGCCUAUCCGGAUCCAAACGAGAAGUGGGCGCCGAAGCGGCGCCCGUCUGGCGAUGGGAAACAUGCCAAAGAUGAGCCCAUUAUCGUUGACGCGCCUGAGCCGGAGGUCCAGCCCGAAGUGGUCACGCCGCCAUCACACGCGCAACAGGCCCCUCCGCGUCUGCAGAAGUCACAUACCAUGCCUCCUGGCUACGUACCUCAAGCACAGACCGCCGCCCCUCUGCCGCCUCGGGUGCCCCUGAACCGAGCGGCUACAAUGCAGCCCGAGUACGAGUACAGCAGGCCGGCUGAGAAGCACAGGUCGGCAAGGAAACGGUCGUCUUUCGACGACGACUAUGUGCAGGACUACUAUCAGGCUCCCAUCCAGACGAGAUAUCACGUCAGCAGCAGAGACUCGGGCGUCCCCAGGGUCAUCGACGCCAAGUACAGGGACCCGUACACUGGCGCGGGAGUGCCCUUUACCAAGGUGAAAACGACGCCGGCGUAUAGAGCUGAGAAUGUGGCAACCUCUAGGCACUACGGAGAGGAGGACGUGCUGACCUCAGAGUACAUGCACCCGCAGUACGACUACAGGACGGCGGCUGCUGCCCGCUAG